UGAGAGGCUGUAAAAAAGAAAAAAGAAAAAAGGGAACCACGGCUUGUCACUCUAAAAAAAAACGGUGGAACGGAAACAUCAAAUGUCACGACAGAGUGACGUGUGUGUGUGUGUGUGUGUGUGUGUGAUGGGGAUGGGCUAGUUAGAGGGAGGAAGCGGGAGAGAUACUCAUCGUGGAGGAGCUGGAAGGUGGAUGCUAUAUAACAAGAGGAGAAUCGGGGGAAGAAGAGGAAGAAGAAAGAAACUCCGGAGACGAUCUGCAAGAUUAAUAAUAAAAAAAUAAAAUAAAAAAAGAUAAACCGACUUCUUUUCCUCCCAGGAACCAGAACCGGGCUCCACGGAGAAGCGGAUCCAGCAUGCGUGCCGCGGGGGUUCUGCCGCUGCUGCUUUGCGCGGCGCUGUGCGCGGCGGCCGAGGUGAAGGCGGUGAAGCUGUGCGGUCGGGAGUUCCUGAGGGCCGUGGUCUACACCUGCGGAGGCUCCCGCUGGAGGAGGCUGCUCGGGGAGGAGGACACGGACCGUGCGACCGCCGGGGACCAGAGCGGCCCGGAGAGCCUCGGGCUGCCGGGCUCCGAGCCGAGCCGCCGGGACAUCAACAACAUCCUGACCACGGUGUGCUGCCAGGUGGGCUGCAGGAAGAGCGACCUGGCCUUCCUCUGCUGAGGGCCACGCCCCCUGACACGCCCCGCCCCCUCCUCUCUCUCCAAAAUGACUGCCCUCUCACAUCUCGACAACCUGAAUCAAAAUGUGCUGAAGUCCUAAAGUCACGUGAUCACGUCGCCUCGUACUUGAUUUGUUUUACUUUUAUGGUUUGUAGAUUUGAGUUUCUCUACUGUCGUGUUUCUUUACUGUCGUGAAGUUUUAUUCCAUUUUUUUGUUGUCCAAUAAAUCUUCUUGCUCAGGUCGUGACGUUCUGUGAUGAGGUCGAGUUUUAAACCUGAAGACACAAAUUUACUCAAGAAGAACGUAAAAACAUCAAGGGACAAAGAAGCAUCACACAUCAGCAUUACACACACACACACACACAGACUUUCACACUCUCACACACACACACACAUAGAGACUCUCACACACACACACACACACACACACAUAGACUCUCUCACACAUAUACUCUCACACACACACACACACACACAGAUUCUCACA